AUGCGGGGCGCCAUCAAGGAGAAGCCCAGGGGCACCAUGGAACGCUGCUGCAGGGCCCGAGCCCGUGGGCAGGGCCCCCGUCCCGCGGGGUCCUCGCGCGUCCGCACCCUCACUGUCCUCCUGCUGGUGCUGCUGCUGCUGCUGCUGCUCCUGCCUCGUCUGCCGGCAGGCUACUUGGCUGCAGGCGAAGCCCGGGGGGUGCUGUCAACGCCGGAAGUCCCCGGAGUCUCCUGUGCCCCCAGAGCCACCUGUCCCUCAGGCAGGCCUCGCCUCCCCAGGCAGGCCAGCACUUCGAAGAGCACAGCUGCACAGAUGUCGACCCCAGGGACGUCUACCAAGUCCAGCAAAGUCCUCUCCUGCGGCUUCUCUCAUGAGUCAGACCCUACCCUCAGGGAUCCAGAGGCCAUGACUCGGCGGUGGCCAUGGAUGGUCAGUGUGCAGGCUAAUGGCACACACAUCUGUGCUGGAACCCUUAUUGCCUCCCAGUGGGUGCUGACUGUGGCCCACUGCCUGACCCAGCAGCAUGUUAACUAUACAGUAAGGGUGGGGAGUCCAUGGAUUAACCAGACGGCGAUAACUAGCUCCGACAUGCCAGUGCUCGAGAUCAUCAUAAACCGCAAGUAUCAGCCCCGGCGGUACUGGUCCUGGGUUGGCCGGGCCAAUGAUAUUUGCCUCCUCAAGCUCCAGCAAGGGCUCAAGUACAGCAAAUAUGUGUGGCCCAUCUGUCUGCCUGGCCUGGAGUAUGUGGUAGAUGACAGCUCUCUCUGCACUGUGACAGGCUGGGGAUAUCCCAAGGUUAAUGGCAUGUGGCCACAGUUCCGGACCCUUCAGGAGAAGGAAGUCACCAUCCUGAACAGCAAGAAGUGUGAGCAGUUCUAUCACAGGUUCUCCAAAAUCCCCUCUCUGGUUCGCAUCAUCAAUUCUCAGAUGAUAUGUGCCUCAGACGGCAACAGGGAGCAAUUCUGCUAUGAGAUAACUGGUGAGCCCCUGGUCUGCUCUUCGCAUGGCACAUGGUACCUGGCGGGAAUGAUGAGCUGGGGUGCAGGCUGCAAGAAGAGUGAGGCCCCACUCAUUUUCCUGCAAGUUUCAUCCUACCAGCCUUGGAUCUGGGAUCAGCUCAGUGGGGAGCCCCUGGCCAUCCCGGUCCCAUCCAGGAUCCUGCUCCUGGCUUUCCUUCUGCCCCUCAGCCUUCUGGUUGCACCGUGACACUGCUUGUGUCCCUGGUGCAUCCCUGUACCAGGUCUCUUCUUCUCCUCCUCCUUCUGAAUGCUGUUCUGUGGCCCUUACACAGCAGAAACUAGCAAAGAUUAAACACUUCUUUUUCCUAUGUUGUCUUCUUCCUGGGUCUGCUCUAGUAGGCAACUGGUAUAUCCAUUGGGGGUGGGUAAGGGACUCUGGGUAUUUAUACUAAAAAGUGUAAAGCCUUUCAAAGUUUAGCGUGCUCCUAAGAAAGUGGAGGGGGUGUGAAGGGGCAAUGGGGAGUCAGAUGAUGGCCUAGAAUGUACUACCCAGGCUGAAGCUGAGGCUGCUGGGACUCCAGACGUGGACUGAUUUGGGUUUUUUUUUUUUUUGCAAGCCUUGAGUGGGACUUGGGCUCUCAUUGGUCUUGAUUACCUUGUGGCUGGUGGCUGGAACGUACCAGUAUAUUGCUCCAAAGAUCCAUAGAAUAC